AUGUCGCCCAUGAAGCUGUGUGUUCCAGGUGAAAGGCUGUGCAGUACGGAGGACUGCAUACCGGGAACGGGCACCUAUCUCCGCCACGGCUACAUCUUCGCUUCUCUCGCUGGAUACGUGCUGAGGAAAAACGAAGGAGAGGAGUUGCCCGUUAUUUCGGUCGUGCGGGAAACAGAAGCUCAGUUGUUACCUGAUGUUGGCGCCAUCGUCACCUGUAAGGUGACUAGUAUUAACCCACGGUUUGCCAAAGUCCACAUACUCUAUGUAGGGUCCACGCCACUGAAGGACAGGUUUAGAGGCACAAUCAGGAAAGAAGAUGUAAGGGCCACAGAAAAAGACAAGGUGGAAACCUACAAAAGCUUCCGGCCUGGUGACAUCGUCCUUGCCAAAGUCAUCUCUCUGGGUGAUGUGCAGUCUAACUAUUUGCUGACUACGGCGGAGAACGAACUGGGCGUGGUCGUGGCUCACAGCGAGGCAGGGGUGCAGAUGGUACCCAUCAGCUGGUGCGAGAUGCAGUGCCCACGCACUCACGCCAAGGAGUUCCGUAAGGUGGCGAGGGUACAGCCGGAGUACCUGCAAGCCUAAAAAGGGGGGGGCGCAGAUCAACCCCCCCUCCCUUAUUUCUGCUCCUGCCCGGGAAAAAAAACGAAAAAAAAAAAAAAAAAAACCAACCUCCCUCCUUUUAUGCCAGGAACACACAGCUUCACGCGUGCACACUUUAACAUUCUUUCACACACAAUGUGAAUUUAAAACGAAGCGUUUUAGAGCUGCUGACACUGCUCCAGAGGCAGAAGCUCUGAUAGAUAAGGCCCUGGCCUUUAAAAGGAGAGGACGUCGUUAAGAUUCUCUCGCCGGCGUAUUCAGUGGUAGCGGAAGCUUCUGUCGGGCUGUCAGCGUAAGUAACCGGACAUUCCAUUGACCCCUCCCACCGAGUUCCGACGCUCUAUGACAUCACCGUCCUCUCCUUCCUCUGAUCUCAACUGGACACAAAGAGAGAAUGUUGAAGUGCCCGCGGUGUCACUGGCUUGACUUUUGUUUUUAAAAAAAGUAAACAAACAAAAAAAAAAAACAGCGAGGUACAGCUAGCUGGCUCAACGGGAUUCUGAAGUAAAGCAUUUCUAAUCAGUCCUUCUUGGCGACACUGUUUUCAAGACUCUGUUAAACACAUGUGUCUCAAAAAAAAAAAAAAAAAAGAUAGUCAGAGAUGCUUUUGUCUUGUAUUUGACUUUUUUGUGUGUGUGAGUGUGUGUGUGUGGUUUUUUUUUU